AUGUAUUAUAGUUUUCCUAAACAUAUUGUUUUUAUUUCCCAUAAAACUGGAUUUUUAAAGAGACAUUCGUUGAAUAUAUCAGCUAAACGGUUUUCGACUUAUACUUUCCUUUGCUACGAACAGAAUAACAGUACUAGUAAUAACGAGAAAAGUUUCCAUACAAGACAAUCUUCUAAUAUAGAAAAGAAAUCUAAACAAAACAAAAAUACAAAGACAUCGUUGUUACUUUUAGGACUUUUAGCAAUAGGCACAACAUUCAUAUCAAUAUCAUAUUCUAAAGGUGAACCUGAAGAAUAUUUAGAAAAAUCAUAA